AAGCAGAGGGGACGUUGUUAGCCGGCAAUAGCGUGACUCUGCAACUCAUCGCGAGGCUUCCUGCACGGCGUUCCCAUCUCGCCUUUCUCCAGCUCCAAAGACCGAUUCGUUCCACCUGCAGAUCCUGCAAAGUUAGUCCGCGAGUGAGCAUGGCGUCGCCGUCGCCCGCCGACCCGUCCCUGGAGACGGAGGCGCCCCACGCGGCUGUCACCAGGGAGCGGAGGCUCAACCCCGACCUGCAGGAGCAGCUUCCCAAGCCAUAUCUUGCGAGGGCUCUAGCGGCGGUGGACCCGAGCCAUCCGAAGGGGACCGAGGGGCGCGACCCCCGCGGCAUGAGCGUGCUGCAGCAGCACGUGUCCUUCUUCGACCGCAACGGCGACGGCAUCGUCUACCCCUGGGAGACUUUCAAAGGCCUGCGAGCAAUAGGGUGCGGGUACCCUGCAUCCUUUGUUUUCUCUUUCCUGAUCAACCUCGUCAUGAGUUAUCCCACUCAGCCGGGAUGGAUACCUUCCCCUUUUCUCUCCGUCCACGUAAAGAACAUUCAUAAGGGCAAGCACGGGAGCGAUUCUGAAACCUAUGACACUGAAGGGAGGUUUGAUCCAUCAAAAUUCGAUGCGAUAUUUAGCAAGUAUGGUCUAACCCAUCCAAAUGCUUUGACAAAAGACGAGUUGACCUCGAUGCUUAAAGGAAACCGCAAUAUGUAUGAUUUCCUUGGCUGGAUCGCCGCCACUGGUGAAUGGAUGCUACUCUACAGCGUGGCAAAGGAUAAAGAUGGCCUGUUGCAACAGGAAACUAUCAGGGGUGCCUUCGAUGGCAGUCUAUUUGAGCGACUGCAGCACGAUAAGAAAUCCUCCUGAAUGCGCCAAAGAGUUGUCCAGCUGGAGAAAGAGUUGACAGUACAAGAUUAGCACUUUACCAUUUAUUUGUGUUCAAAUAAGAUAGGUUUAUACACUGUAUCAAGUAAGAACUUUUAUUGUGCAACCAUCAUUACCUUGUGUAUGUUGGCUUUCGUAUGCGUGUACCAAAGUUGUUUCGAAAAACAUGUGUAUGCUCCUAAAUAAACAUGAGAAAAAAAGGAAGCCCAGUUUGAUUCUGGCUCCCACAAA